UGAAAAUGUUUUAAUUUGUUCAUAAAAAAUAAUAUAUUAGAAUAAAUGGGUUCUAUUCAAUUAGAUAUAAUUGUGCAACUUAACAGUUUAUUUGUAGCUAUAAUAUAAAUAUAUAUCUAGCAAAUUAAUGUGGACGUAAAAACUAUUUUUGUAAAUAAUUUUGUUCAAGCAACAUUGUUAUAGUAUUUUCCCUUUAAAGAGUUAUUAAUAAAUCCUGGUUAAUCAGAGAAAACUGCUGGUUUUGGAAUUUAUAUAGAAUUUUGUAAUAGAGAAACUGAGAAGUUCAAUUUCACACGGUUCCUAAGAAUUAUCCUAAGAAUAUAACUGAUAUAAGCAUCUAUUUUACCAAACAAUGAAAAACAUAUUGAUCACAGGAUGGCCAGGUAUCGGUAAAACUACAACAAUCAAAAAAAUAACUGAUAAUUUACGAGGUAGAAAUGUAACGUUUGAUGGAUUUUAUACAGAUGAAAUAAGAAAUGAAGCCAACGAACGUAUCGGAUUCUCUGUUCAUAUGUUGAAUUCCGGCCAAACAGGCAUCUUGGCAAAGAAAGUCGACAAUUCUUAUGGCAUCGGCACUCAUAUGGUUGGAAAGUACAUGGUAUGUGUACAAGACUUUGAAGAAAUGGUCAUGCCAAUGCUUACCAACUUUAAUAAAGAUAUUCUUAUAAUCGAUGAAAUUGGUAAAAUGGAAUUACUCAGUAAACGGUUUGAAGAAGCUAUCUUCCAGUCCUUUAAGGAUAGGAAAUACCCCAUCAUUGCUACUGUUACUCAAAGACCUUCUAGUAUUUUAAAUCGCUGGAAGAAUGAUGACAAUCAUUAUUUAUUCACUGUUAAUCAACAUAACAGAAACACUAUAUAUGAGGAUAUAUUGAAUCAUAUUGAUUUGCAUCAUUAAGUACCUUCACAGCCUCUUCAGUACCAGCCGGUCAACUUAUUUUUUUUAAUUAUUAUUAUUUUCGCUCCUACCUAGAUAUUUGCCUGUGAGAUCACGUGUCAGAUAACAAGUGAGAUUAUGAGCUCUAAAAAAAAUAAUUUUUUGCUAAAAUUUUGAGAACCACUGGAUCUUUUCUGGAUUUUCUUUUUUGUGAAUUUAAUCUAAUACCUAU